CCAUGAGGACCAGCAGCCUCUGCGUCUUGGCGGUGCUCCUCAUCCUGGGGACACUGGCUGUCCAGGCCACUGUCACAGGAGGUCGUGUUCCAGCGAGAGGCCGUGGUCCAUUCCAAGGACAUUAUUCAGCCCAAGAUCAAGAUCCCAUCAAAGGUCAAGAUCCCAUCAAAGGUCAAGAUCCCAUCAAAGGUCAAGAUCCAGUCAAAGGGCAGAACCCAUCUGUCUCCACUAAGCCCGGCUCUUGCCCCGAGGUGAUGAUCCGCUGCGCCAUGUUCAACCCACCCAACCAGUGCGAGAGUGAUGCUGAGUGCUCAGGAGCCAUGAAGUGCUGCGAGGGAGCGUGCGGGAAAGUCUGUAUGGAUCCAAGGUAGACCUGUGUUCGUCACACCUCCUCAGAUUCCCAGAUGAGCCCCUGGUCCCUGGGUACCAGCCUCCCCAUCUCUUUCCGGAUGUCCCCCUCUCCCUCCCUUUGGCCGGCCUCUCUCAACAGCUUCCAAUAAAAACCCGGGUCUGCUC